CCUACAGCUCCGCCCCAUCGCGGGUCCCGGGGGAGGAGGAGUAGCUUGGGUGGAGGAGGAGGAGGGAGAGCCUGCUGGGAGAAGCCCCGACUGGGGGGCCAUGGGGGGACAGGUGAGGCUGCCGCCUGAAGAGCCCUGCCAAAAAGGCUAUGUGCUGUCUCUGCUGUGCCCAAACUCCUCCCAGGCCUGGUGUGAGAUCACAAACGUGUCGCAGCCUCUGGCUUUUCCUGGCCUCUACAGGGACCUGAAUGCCAGCAUAAGCGCCUUCAGCAGUUCUGCAAAAGUUGAAAACAAAUACAGUCUGUACGUGGGUCUGGUGCUGGCGGUCAGUUCCAGUAUUUUUAUCGGCUCCAGCUUCAUACUGAAAAAGAAGGGCCUCUUGCAACUGGCCAAGAAGGGCGUUACCAGAGCUGGGCAAGGUGGACAUUCUUACCUCAAGGAAUGGCUCUGGUGGGCCGGAUUACUGUCAAUGGGAGCUGGCGAAGCGGCAAAUUUUGCAGCCUACGCUUUUGCACCUGCCACCUUGGUCACCCCGCUGGGUGCUCUGAGUGUUCUCAUAAGUGCAAUCUUGUCUUCCUACUUUUUAAAUGAGCACUUGAACAUUCAUGGGAAAAUAGGCUGCAUAUUAAGUAUAUUGGGGUCAACCGUGAUGGUUAUCCAUGCCCCACAAGAAGAGGAAGUCACUUCUUUGCAUGAAAUGGAAAUGAAAUUGAGAGACCCAGGAUUUAUUUCCUUUGCUGUGAUCGUAACUGUGAUCUCAUUGGUGCUGAUUUUGAUCGUGGCUCCCAAGAAGGGACAGACCAAUAUAUUGAUCUACAUUUCAAUCUGUUCAUUGAUUGGAGCGUUUUCAGUGUCUUCUGUCAAGGGCCUGGGAAUUGCCAUUAAGGAACUAUUGGAAUGGAAGCCAGUUUACAAGCAUCCCCUGGUCUUUGUUUUGCUGGCUGUACUUGUGCUCUCAGUGACGACACAGAUUAACUAUCUCAACAAGGCCCUGGACACCUUUAAUACAUCUCUUGUGACUCCCAUUUAUUAUGUAUUCUUCACGUCCAUGGUAGUAACUUGCUCCGCCAUCUUAUUCCAAGAAUGGUAUGGCAUGAAAGCUAGAGAUAUCAUUGGGACGCUGAGUGGGUUCUUUACCAUUAUCAAUGGCAUCUUCCUUCUAAACGCUUUUAAGCACACUGACAUUACCUGGAGUGACCUGACAUCCACUACUCAGAAAGAAGUCCUCUCUCUGAAUGGUAGUGAAGACAAGUAUGUCCUACUAGAGAACACAGAAUGUUCAACCCCAGGAUUCAAUGAUGACAUUACCUUGUUUAGCAGGACUGACGAUCAAAGUCUCUAGCAACCCUGAACUUAAAUAUAAGACACCUGAAGAGGAUAGGAAAUGCCUGAUUUUUUUUUAAGAACUAUUAGGAAAGCUGGCAUUUUUAAAGUUCUAACUAAUAAUCUAGAUGUGAGAUGAAAAAAAAAAAAAAAAAGAGGCCUUCAUUUUGGCCACCAAAUUUAAAAGUCAAGAUUUGGAUCCUCCCCCGAGAAGACUUCUACUGUUUUUCAUUUCUACAAACUUGAAAUAUUCUCUGAGCACAAAAGAAGUUAGGGUUGCAUGAAUUUCCAAGUAAUCUCUUCUGGUCACAAUAUAUUUGUCUCUGCCAAGUGGCUCUUCAUUUCUUUGGCUGCUAUUCUUAGUAAUUCAUAGAUAAACUCAACUAUGUGCUGAUUAGCAAAGUAUCAAUCAUCAUUCUCUGAUGAGUCAUAGUUUCAAAUUAUUAAACCUGAGAAGUGAGAUUACUGAUGCUUCCUCCCACCCCCACCCAACUUCUAUAACUUCCUUCUUUCUAAACUAGAUGCUAAAGAGUGGAGUGUUAAAGAAAAAAUAGGCCUGCCUUGCAAAUUUGCUCCCUGAUGGGCUAGAAUGCAGAAGACACACAGCCCAUGAGGGGCUUAUCAAUUGUAAUUUAUUGCCAUAUUAGAAAAAUUUAUUACCAAUUCAACAGAGGAGAAUGGAGAAGGGAGAGAAACACCUAAAUGAAACAUGGUGCUUUUUCUUUUUCAUAAAAACAAGUGCAAAUGAUUCAAGUCAAGGCUUCUUUUAACUCAAAACUGAACAGUGUAAGACAAAAUUGAAUUUCUGGAGAAUUCCAAGUGAUUUCAGCUUUGGAGUUCCUUAUAUUCACUUUGUCCCUUUUUCUGUUAUCCCAAAGAUCAUUUUUCUUGGUGACAGAGAGACUUUUAUAAAAGUAACUGAUAUAUUACUUUAGGAUUAUAUGGUACACCUCAAUUUUUCUCAGAUAUAUAAUCUGCAAAGGGUGAGUUUUCCACAGACUGUUUGGAAACCAUUAGAAAAAUCUUUUUGAAAACUUGAAUGAGUUAUCAUAAUUGUUCUCUCAAAUUUGACACUUUCACCCUCAUUAAGGAAAUUAUAGUCACUAACCUUUUUAAAAACAUACAUAUCCUACCACUAUAAGUGAUAGAUUUUUCUUUUUCUGUUGAAUUUCAUCCUGACCAUAUUUUCCAUACAUUUUAUUG